UGACGUGGAAAUAUGUCGGAAUUAACGAAGAAAACAUAUGACGAUGUGAUUGAAAAAACACUUCCGCCUAACUGGAUUUUGCAGCAUCCAAUGGUAGCUAACAAAAUGAAAAAUGUCAUCCACAAACUAGCUUCGUCCCGCAAGUUGGCAUUACAGUACACAAACCAUCGGUAAACGAUGGCUUGUUGCGGAACGAAGCUAACAUUUCCCAGCCAUCUACCGGAACUUAUACCAGAAUCUGAUGAACCUGGAUGUCGGAGACAGUGCUCAAGUGCAUGCCGCAUUCUUGGUGUACUUGGAUCUUACCGAGGUGCGUAAUUGGAAGGAAGUGAGCGGCGUGGGGAGCUCAGAGCUGCGACUGGUAUUGCUGGAGGGACGGGAAAAAGAGGGAGCGUCCCUUCAGACGGUGCUCCCACUGCCUGUUCACAGAGGCCUGAGCCACAGGAGUGUGCGGUCAGUACUGGCCAGAGGCUCUCCCAUGCUGCUGUGCGUGGUCGCGUCUGACUCCAGCCUGGUCUACCAGAGGAUGUGUGACGGCCUACUGACCCCUGACCCCCCUCUAGGCAUCCAGGACCAGGGCCGUCGGCAGCACCGCAAAAGACGUCAGCAGCAAUGAACAUUGAAAGAACACAGUGACUUUGGGAUAGACCAUCGCCGUUUCACAAUUCCUUCUUGUAAUGAAGCACAGUGACCGUUAGCAUAAUGCUGCGGUCUGGUCAUGAACUCCGAAGUGACCAGUAGAAACCCGCGCGUACCUUGGAGACUUGACAAUGUGCCUGUGAUGCUUCCGCCUUUGAUCUGGUGUGGUGAUGAUUUAUGGUAAUGGCGUGCCUCUCCAGCCUGGCCCCCUUGCCUGAACAGUUAUUUUGUGAACCUGGCAUGGCGACUUCUGUUAGGGGUCAGUAGCUUGUAUGAUGAUCAGUGACUGUGUCCAACUGGCCCCCCGAAAAAAUAUACUAUACCUUUACUGGCCAAGUGUGACAGGCGUGUUAACAUGACCAAACUCUUAUGAUGGCGGUGAGAGUGCAGCUGUACAAUGCAGUCCACAGUUAGACGUAAAUUGGGUCUCUUGUAAAGCUAUGUGCUGACGGUGAUGAAUUUCACCCCUUAACUCUGAAUUCAAAGUGGAUGUUUUUUUUCUGACCGCACGAGGGCAAUGUGAAACCUACCACGCAGGCCUUGUUGAGGUAAUCCCAUCCACUGGCACUGGAAGAUGAAUACCGUAGUAAUAGCAAAUGUUUACUGUGCAUUUUCAGGUAAAAGGACGUGAAUAUUAAAAGUAACAAUACAACAACUGUGAUCAGACAUUGUGUUUCUACAUCAAAUGAAAGGACAUCAGAGACCAGACCUCAGCUGGGGUGACUUGAAAACAUAUUUUUUUUUUAUUUUACUGGAAAAUCAAAAAGUCGAACGUGGAAAAAAACUAACACGAAUUAGCAUGAUGCUAAAAAUGCAAGGA